CUUGAACAAAUCAACUAUCCACCACAAUACAAAACCAAUAAAAAAUACAAGUACGAAACCAAGAUCUUUAUUCUUCACUAGGCAAAGAAAAUAUGGUGCAACCCCAUAUCAUUUUAACAACAUUUCCAGCACAAGGGCAUAUUAAUCCAGCACUUCAAUUUGCCAAAAAUCUUGUCAAAAUGGGCAUAAAAGUGACAUUUUCUACAAGCAUUUAUGCCCAAAGCCUUAUGGAUGAAAAAUCCAUUGCUAAUUUUCCAAAGGGGUUGAUGAAUUUUGUUCCAUUUUCUGAUGGAUUUGAUGAUGGUGUUGAUCAUUCAAAAGACCCUAAAUUUUACAUGUCACAACUUCGUAAAUGUGGGAGUGAGACUGUGAAAAAGAUUAUUCUCAAUUGCUCUGAAAAUGGAAGUCCUAUAACUUGCCUUCUUUACUCCAUUUUUCUUCCUUGGGCAGCAGAGGUCGCUCGUGAAGUUAACAUCCCUUCUGCUCUCCUUUGGAGUCAACCAGCUACAAUAUUGGACAUAUACUAUUUUCACUUUAAUGGUUAUGAAGAACAAAUGGCUAACGAAUCCAAUGAUCCAAAUUGGUCCAUUCAACUUCCAGGGCUUCCACUAUUGAAAACUAAAGAUCUUCCUUCAUUUUUACUUCCAUCAAGUGCAAAAGGAAGCCUUAGAGUUGCACUUCCCCCUUUCAAAGAAUUAAUAGACACAUUGGAUGCUGAAAUUAAUCCUAAAAUUCUUGUGAAUUCAUUUGAUGAAUUAGAGCCUAAGGCACUCAAAGCAAUUGAAGGUUACAAGUUUUACGGAAUUGGACCACUAAUUCCUAGUGCUUUUUUAGAUGGAAAUGACCCUUUGGAUUCUUGUUUUGGUGCUGAUCUUUUUGAGAAAUCAAAUGAUUAUAUGGAAUGGUUAAACACAAAGCCAAAUUCAAGUGUUGUUUAUAUAUCAUUUGGGAGUCUAAUAAAUCCAUCAAUAAGUCAAAUGGAGGAGAUAUCAAAGGGGUUGAUAGAAAUAGGGAGGCCAUUUUUGUGGAUAAUGAAAAAAAAUGAAAAAGACAAAGAAAAUGCGAAAAAGAUUGAUUGUAUUGAAGAGUUGGAAAAAAUAGGGAAAAUUGUCCCAUGGUGUUCGCAACUCGAAGUUUUGAGACAUCCCUCUCUGGGAUGUUUUGUUUCGCACUGUGGAUGGAAUUCGGCUUUGGAGAGCUUAGCUUGUGGAGUGCCGGUCGUGGCGUUUCCUCAAUGGACUGAUCAAAUGACAAAUGCCAAGCAAAUUGAAGAUGUGUGGAAGAGUGGAGUGAGAGUGAAUGUGAAUGAAGAUGGUGUUGUUGAGAGUGAAGAAAUGAAAAGGUGCAUUGAGUUGGUUAUGGAUGGAGGGGAAAAAGGGGAAGAAAUGAGAAAUAAUGCUAAGAAAUGGAAAGAAUUGGCUAGAGAAGCUGUGAAAGAAGGUGGAUCUUCACAUAAGAAUUUAAAGGAUUUUAUUGAUGAAGUCGCUAAAGGACAAGGAAACAUCAAUCCAUGUAUUCAAUUUUCCAAGAAUUUGAUCAAAUUGGGCGUAAAUGUCACAUUCUCCACAAGUCUAACAGCUUUCAAUCGAAUCUCGAAUCUUCCAAAUAUACAAGGAUUAACAUUUGCUCCUUUCUCUGAUGGUUUUGAUGGCAACUUUAAAGGGUCAAUAAACAAUUUCCAUGAGUUCAAUGCUUCAUUCAGGACUAAUGGUUCUGAAUUUGUGACGAAUUUAGUCGAAAACAGGACGAAACAGGGCCGUCCCUUUAAGCGUAUCAUCUACACGACGUUAACUGCUUGGGUCGGUUUACUGGCCAAGAGCAUAAACGUUCCAUCGACGUUUCUUUGGAUUCAACCAGCCACAGUCUUGGAUAUUUACUACUAUUUUUUCAAUGGAUUUGAGGAUUCUAUCAAGAAUUGUUCAAAGGAUCAAUCUUUAGAGCUUGAUGGUCUGCCAGUUCUGUCUCGUCGUGAUUUCCCUACGUUCGUGUUUGCUGAUUCGAACGAUUGGACAUUAGUGGCCAUGAAAGAACAUGUUGAGUUACUGAAUAGCGAGAUAAGUCAAAAAGUGCUUGUGAACACUUUUGAUGCUUUAGAAUUUGAUGCUUUGAGGGUUUUAAAGAAUGUGACUAUGUUGGGAAUUGGCCCUUUAAUUCCUUCAGCUUUUCUUGAUGGAAAUGAUCCUUCUGAUACUUCAUUUGGAGUUGAUAUGAGACAGAGUUUAGAUAAUUACAUGGACUAUUUGGAUUCUAAGGCUAAAGAAUCAGUAAUAUAUAUAGCAUUUGGUAGUUAUGCUCAAAUACCAAAUCAACUAGUGGAAGCAAUUGCUCAAGGAUUAGUGUUGUGUAAAAGGCCAUUUUUGUGGGUAAUUAGAGAGGGACCUAACGGUGAAAAUCCAUUUGAAAAGUUGAGUUGCAAAGAGGAAUUGGAAGAGUUAGGGAGAACAGUGCCUUGGUGUUCACAGGUGGAGGUUCUUCAACACCCUUCUGUGGCAUGUUUUUUGACUCAUUGUGGAUGGAAUUCGAGUAUGGAGAGCUUGGCUUCGGGGGUGCCGGUUGUGGCGUGUCCACUUUGGAGCGAUCAAUUAUGCAAUGCAAAGCUUCUUCAAGAUGUUUGGAAGACUGGAGUGAGAGUGAGCGCCAAUGAUGAAGGCGUUAUUGAGAGGAAUGAGUUCGCAAGGUGUAUGGAGAUUGUGGUUGGAGAUGGGGAAAAAGGGGAAGAAUUAAGAAAGAAUGCCAAGAAAUGGAGGGAUUUGGCUAAGGAUACCAUGAAGGAAGAUGGUUCUUCUAACGUCAAUCUCAAGGCUUAUGUUCAUGAGGUUUUUGCUUGAUGAAUCAUUUGUAUGUUAAAAGAUUUUAAAAAAAGAAAAAAAGGAAAAAACUAUGGUCAUGCAGUUCAAUAAUAGCUUCUUGUUCAUAUCAA